AUGUCCGCCACCAUCGACUUCGAAGAGUUCUUGGAAUACGACGAGGAAGGCUUCGGUGCCGCGAACUCGAUGCCCAACUUCGACCUCUCCAAUCCCAACGCCCUCAAGUUCCUCGAAUCAUCGCAGUCGCUGCACGAAUCCAAGUCUCUCGAGCCCCAGGCCACCCUGCUGGCCAACGGCACCGUCGCCGCUGGAUCACCCGACUCCCUCGUCGACUCAUUCCGAGACUCGUCCUCCGAUUCCGCCUCGUCGAAAAGGACCGGUAGCUCUGCCUCCGGAAAGACGGCCUUAACAGCGGGCGACGUGAUGAUGACAGAUGGAGCCGAUAUCAAGCCUGACUGGGAGACUGCGGCCUUCGCCGACCGCCCGGAAGACAGCGUCUACCUCUUCGGCGGGAACGCCGACGCGACGCUGCCGGGCCUCGACAUGGGCGACGACAGAUUCAUGGAAGAGUCGUUUGACUUCGAAAGCGCGUCCAGCAGUCCGGACGCUAUCAGCGCUGUCAACAUGGAAUCACCAGAGAUGCCCACCAUUCACACCAAUGGCCCGCAGAAGGCUCCCCCUCCGAGCAAUACCAGAGCCGGAAAUCACGCCAAGAGGAAUUCCGUGAGUCUUACGCUGAACGGUAUCGUGAGAUCCGACUAA